CUCCUCAGAGUUUCUCAUGUCCAAUAAGAAUCCUCCUCCUCCUCACCUCCUCUGACCUCUGACCUGACGUUUGUCCCUGCAGUGAUCCCGUACCGAGUCGUCAUCAUCCCCAUCAAGAAGCUGAGUAACGCCAUGACCACCUCCAACCCGUGGGUGUGUGUGUCAGGAGAGCUGGGCGACUCGGGCAUCAUGCAGAUCCCCAAGAACAUGCUGGAGAUGACCUUUGACGUGAGUACUGUGACCUUUGACCCCUCACUGACUGUGGUGGCGUGGUGUGACCCCUUCAAAAUAAGAGCGGCGUGCUCUUAUCGACGCUCUGACUGCGUGCAGCACCAGAGAUCUUGAGGUAGUUUGAUGAAACAGGAUGAUUUUCAGUGACUGUUGAUGUUCGCGUUCACGCCGGCGAGUCGUUCAAUCGAGGCGAAUAAAAACCCGGAGCAGACGGCGAUUUGGACCACGAAGCUGGACUGGAUCUUGGCGAGAUAACUUCUGGGUUUUCUUCACUACGAAGGUGGAUUUCUUUCUUUCAGGGUCCGUUGGCCCGGUAACUUAGAUGGAACGCCAAAGAGCAGGUCAUGUUUCAGGAUAAGAUCUCAGCGGCUAGAAAAGACCGCCCACUGACCAAUCAGAUCUCUUGGAAAAUGACUUGCCAACUUUUGCCGGAUCUCGUGGAUAUCGGGGCACAGAUAGUGAGAGGAGCGCUUCGCCGAGAGCGUUAUAUUCGUGGUCGUUCAAAUCCGUUUGACUGACCUGAUGACGUUCUCCGUGAACGUUACAGGUUUUCCUCAGACGGCGCCAAUAUUCAGGAAACAGGAAGUCUAAGAAACGCACGAAUACUUGCCGAUCUCCACGUUCCAGUUUCAUAUCAGCCAUUAUUUAGAAAACGCCUCUGAACCCCAAAUGUGACCAUCAGACGACGACAUGUGACCCCGCCCCCCUUACGUGUGCGCGCACAGAUCUAGACUGGAUUCAGUUAUUCAGGAUCACAGAGAAUUGGUGGAGAUGGGCGGGUUUUGGCGAAGUUCUCCUGGGCGAAUUAAUCCAGCUUCAUAGUCGGGACCUUAGGUGACGGUCCAGAGAAGAUUCUCAGAUCAGUCCAGACUUCCUGUCGUCCUCCUGUCUCCUCGUGGUCGUGUUUGUUUCUCAGAGUUGUUUGUUUCUUGUUUGUUUCUCAUUUGUUAUUUUUUGUUUUUGUUUCUUUGUUUUUGUUUGUUUUUGGUUUUUGUUUCUUUGUUUUUGUUUAUUUUUUGUUUCUUUGUUUUUGUUUAUUUUUUGUUUCUUUGAUUUUGUUUAUUUUUUGUUUCUUUGUUUGUUUUUUUUGUUUUUUGUUUCUUUGUUUGUUUUUUGUUUUUCCUUGUUUUUGUUUGUUUGUUUGUUUGUUUGUUGUUUUUUGUUUGUUUUUUGUUUGUUUGUUUGUUUGUUUUUUGUUUGUUUUUGUUUGUUGGUUGUUUGUUUGUUUGUUUGUUUCUUUGUUUUUGUUUGUUGUUUGUUGUUUGUUGUUUUGUUUGUUUCUCUCCUUUGUUGUUUUUUAUUUGCAUGUCUGUGAAAUCGUCUGAAUCAUUUUUGUCGUCCGUCUGUGUUUCCUAACGAAUGUCUCCGUCUCCCUCAGUCUGCGUUCAGACCGCACACGUUCAUCUCGGCCUUAUUUAAGGUCAGAAGAAGCCCCACCCCCCAUGUCCCAUCAUGCACUUCUCUCUGCGUGCGUUUCCCUGUAGUCAGGAUUCAGAUCUUUCUGUAGAAACUGUUUGACCUCAUGGUUGUUCUGACGGCGUCUGAUUUUGGUCGACUCCUCCCCCCCUUCAGUGUCAGAACCUCGGGAAGUUGACCACGGUCCAGCUGGGUCACGAUAACGCCGGCCUCCUCGCCAAGUGGCUGGUUGACUGCGUGAUGGUUCGUAAUGAGAUCACAGGACACACGUACAGGUGAGUGACGGCGAGAAGAUCAGAACCUCGACAACCAAUAAGAGGAGAGAUUUAACCCUCUGCACUGUGUUGACUCCGCCCCCUUCAGGUUUCCCUGCGGUCGCUGGCUCGGUAAGGGCGUGGACGACGGCAGCUUGGAGCGGGUCCUGAUAGGUGAGCUGGUGGUGCCGAGCGCAGAGGAGGAUUCUGGGAAAGGCUGCCGUACACCCCCGCCGCAGCGCUCGCCGACUCAGACCAGACGCAUCAGCAUCACGUCGAUGUCUGCGAGAGGCGCCAGUCAGUAUUGGCGUGGUUAAUGACCACAUUUUUUUAGGCUCCGCCCCCCUGACAGUUUUCAAUAGUUACUGUUUGGUGAAAAUUUCUCACUGUAGCUUUAAUCUUUGUUUUUAGAGCCGACGUCGGCGCAGAUCCAGGAGGCGGCGGUGGACGCCGUCAACAACAUCAUCAAACAUUUCCACAAACCGGAGAAAGAGGUCAGUGACGAACUCUGACCUCUGAGGUCGGUGACGACCUCUGACCUUUGAGGUCGGAUUAUUUCAGGAGAAACCCGAUCUUUAUCUUCCGAAGCUUCGUAAAAA